AAUUAUCGUAAUUAUCAAUCUGGUCCUAUUCUUCCUUAUUAAUACAUUUUAAUCUUUUUCACAGUUCCUUCCAAAAUGAAGGUAUGGAUACUUGUGUCUUUGUGCGCAGUGGCAUUUGCCAAACAUGAAAUAUACACUGGAUGGAAGUCGUACUAUGUGGCUCCAGCUACUCAAGAACAGCUGUCAAUCUUGGGAUCUCUGGAGAGCAAAUUAGAUGUAGACUACUUCGUCAGACCAAGAGUAGACCGUGAAGGUGUAGCGUUGGUGAAGCCUCGAUACCAAGAAGAAUUCUUAAAUAUUCUGGUGAAAGAAGGAAUAUCUCAUAGAGUUCACAGUAAAGAUAUCAAAUCCCAGCUCGAUAUUGAAGAUGAGCUUAUUGAAGCAAGGCAUGCAGAGUUCCGCGCUAGAAGCACACCGGAAAAACCUUACGACAAUUAUCUUCGAUUGGACGCAAUCUACAAUUACAUGGACGAGGUAGCCGCAAACCAUCCCAACAUUGUGAAGCAAGUAACAGCUGGAAGAUCGUUUGAGGGCCGUCCUAUCAAGUACUUGAAAAUUUCUUCCACUAAUUUCGAAGAUACGUCAAAAUCCGUCAUAUUUGUCGAUGCGACUAUGCACGCCAGAGAAUGGAUCACCACACCAGCUGCUCUGUAUGCAAUCCACAAGCUGGUUGAAAAUAGAACUGAUCCAGAGCUUUUGGACCAUUUUGACUGGAUCAUCAUGCCUAUGUCUAACCCAGACGGAUACGAAUAUUCUCAUACAAAUGAACGAUUCUGGCGCAAAACGCGUUCGUUUGAUAGAAAUCUAAUAAGCUUUCUAUGUCGCGGAGUCGAUGGAAACCGGAACUUCGAUUUCCACUGGGGUACCGUCGGAACCAGCGACCACAACUGCGCAGACAUUUACCCAGGAACUAAACCCUUCUCCGAAAACGAGACAAGAGUCGUUCGGGACGUGCUUAAGGAAAACUUGAGCAGAAUGAUUUUGUAUAUCACGAUUCAUAGUUACGGAAGCAUGAUUUUGUACCCUUGGGGUCAUGAUGGAAGUCUCUCAAACAAUGCUUUAGGCUUACAUACGGUAGGAGUUGCAAUGGCUGACGCAAUUUACGCAAAGACCCUCCCAGUCUUUCCAAGAUAUACAGUCGGCAAUUCCCUGCUCGUAAUUGGUUAUGGCUCAUCUGGAGCUGCUGAAGACUAUGCCCAUUCUAUCGGAGUGCCUCUAACUUAUACUUACGAGUUACCCGGAAUUGAACAUGAUUAUGAUGAUGAUGAUGAUGAUGAUGAAGAUGAUGAUGAUGAUUUUGCUAAUGAUGAUCAUUUGAAAGGGUUCCAUCUUGACCCUCAAUACAUCAGGCCAGUUGCUGAGGAGACUUGGGAGGGCAUUUCUGUAGGCGCGAAGAGAGCAAGAGCAAUUGUGAGAAGUAAAUAAUGAAAUUUGUGUAAUUUUAUUAAAUAAAUGAUAUGUAAACAUUUUAUUUAUUUACGUGUGUAAUAAACCAAAGUGCAGUGUGGCUUCAGUGUGCGACUUACAUCCUUGAGGUCGUAGGUUUGAUAGCCGCUAAAUAUAAUUAGUUUUAUCUAACAUUGUUAGUUACAAAGCGAAGAAAUAAAAUAAUGUUUUCGUAAAAUUGAGUGGCGUAGCAAAACAAAAUAACAAUUUUUCGGUUACGCUUAAAAUUAUUCCGUUUCGCGCAACUUCAACGAUAACCAUGAUAGUAAUAAUUCUAUUACAAUUAAUGAAAUUCUGUAAAAACUUAAUCAAAUGGUUGAAAGAUUAUUUAUUUCAUAAAUCAUAUACACAGUGCAAUGAAAAUUCACUAGUGAUUUUUCUUUAAUUACCUGUAUAAUUUAAAUUGCAUUUUAACUGUUUAUAUAAUUGUUGUAAAUAAUAUUGUAUUAGUCUUAUUUUAAAGAGCACUUGGUCUAUAUUGUCAUAGUUCUCACAUACUGUAGUUUGUAAGUAAAUGAGAAUGAAUAAGA